GCGAUGUGGCAAUCACGUGGCAAUCACUCGCUGAUUGGCCUCUCCCCAUACCACGUGCAGAGGUUCUGUAGUUGGAGAAGGAAGUAGAGAAUUGUUAGAGAAGUUAGAUUAAUCGCUAGUCACAAUAUUAUCAAAAUGCCUGAGUUUAAUUAUUCUCGAAAUAAAAAUCUUAAAACCAAAGCGAGCACCGGUCAUUCUAUUGAUCUGAAAAAAAGGUACAGAGAUACAGGAAUGGGGAAGAUGAAAAGUUUUGUAAAUUGUUUAUUGGUGGUCUAAACUACAGCACAACUGAAGAAGGCUUAAAGAGCCAUUUUGAACAAUGGGGUGAAAUAGUUGACUGUGUUGUAAUGAGAGAUCUAACCACUAAAAGGUCCAGAGGGUUUGGCUUUGUCACUUAUAAAACUGAAGAUAUGUUGGAUGAAGCACAAAAGCACCGUCCCCACAAAGUAGAUAACAGAGAGGUUGACACCAAAAGGGCUAUUCCUCGUAGUGAAGCUGAUGAAUCUCAAGCUGCUGUGAAGAAAAUGUUUGUUGGUGGCCUGAAGGAAGGUACCACUGAAGAUGAAAUCAAAGAGCGAUUUGAAAAUUAUGGUACAAUUGAAAAAAUAGAGUUAAUUAAAGACAAAGCUACUGGAAAGCAGAGAGGAUUUUGUUUUGUCACUUACAAUGAUCCUGAUGCAGUUGAUAAAUGUGUUUUGAGAAAACGCAUUCAGUUAAAUGGAAAAGUGGUUGAAGUGAAAAAAGCUGUAUCAAAAACUGAAAUAGAGAGAGCUGGUCGAGGUGGUAUGCGUGGAGGUUCUGAUUAUGGUAUGCGUGAUAAUUUUGAUGAUAACUAUGGUGGUGGUGGUAACUGGAACAUGGGUGGUGAAAACAACUGGGGUAACUCAGGUGGUUAUCCAAACCAAGGUGGUGGCUGGAACCAAGGUGGUCAAGGUGGCUGGAACCAAGGAUUUGGUCAAGGCAACAACACUGGGUGUUAUGGUGGCAAUUUUAAUCCUCGAGGCAACUUCAAUAAUAAUUUCAGGAGUGGAGAUUAUGGUAAUGAUGGAAACAAUUGGAAUAACCCCCCCAAUUUUGGAACUGGCUAUGGAGGGAGUGGCAAUGCUGGCCCAAUGCGUGGUGGCAACUACUCUCAGCGAUCAAGUGGACCUUAUGGAGGUGGCUAUGGAGUUGGUGGUGGUGGUGGUGGUAUGGGUUAUAACAGACGGUAACUUCAUUAUUUCCUAUCAUUAUAACUUAGGUAUGGUUAAAUGUGGAACUGAUUCAUCAAAGCAUCUUCUCUAUCAAAAUGCUGACCAACUGGAGUACUUACUCUUGACCUGCUGAUUUAUUUGUUCUUUUUUUUUUUUUUUUUUUUCUACAUGAUUCAGAGAACCCCCAAGUUACACCAGACAGCUGCAAAAUAUACCAUCCUAAUUAAACUAAACCAUAAAAUUGAAAAAGGGAAAAAAAAAAAUAUUCAUAGACUGUUUCUUUUUAUAUUGUAAAUAUCAGUUUCAUAAAAAGAAAAAUUAGGUUGAAGAUUUCAAAAACCUCACAUUUUGUACAAGUCUUAAGAUUGUGCUUACUCUUAUCUUUGCUACAUUGUCAUGGUUGGUAUUCUACUUUUAAGACCAAACUGUUUUUUUUAGAUGGUAUUGCUAAAGACAUUUAUUGUAUGGGUAACAAUAAAAAACAAACAACAAAAGAUAAACAACCAUCUCAUUUCUUACUUCAUAAAUAUCCAUACAAUUCUUUCAACCACUCCUAAUGCUAAUUUGUUUCACCUUCUGCACUUACACAUUCCUGCCAUCCAAAUUCAAUUAGCCUUGAUAAAAAUCAAGGCUGUUAAUAAAAUAAUCUUAUUUCAUGACUUCUCUUCAUUUUAUGUCAAAAGAAAAGGGGGGAAAAAAAAAAAAAGAAAGAAACCCCAGCUAAAUACAUAUAUCUUAAAUAUAGAUUGCUUUAGGAAAUUUUUCUCACUGUCCAGCUUCUAGAUAUAGGAAGUUAAUGGCAUACAAAAUUUGUAAAAAGCUGGAUAUAAAAAAAUUUUAAUUUCUACUUUUCUUUUCUGCAAAUUAUUUAACUAUUUCACAGCUAUUUUAUCACUUUUAUAUUUGAACUAAAAGUUUUAAAUGAAGCUCUUGCAGUGGUAUGAGAUUUUUCAUUUGUCCAAAAAAUUUCUAAACACUUGUAUGAUGAAAGUUGGACUGCAGUUUUUGCGCUGUCCUUUCUUCUUCAGCUUGACAUUUCUCUAAGAUCCAUUUAUUCACAUCUUGUGCCAUAACUUCAUCUUAAUUUCACAUUGGUAUAACUUGAAAAAUUUUCACCCAUUAAAUUGUUUAGUGAUGAACUGUUCAAUUCCAUAACUCAUUUUGAAUUAGUGGAUCUUGCCUUGUGAAAUUCUGUUCAUUAAAUAAUAGAAAUGGUACAUUUUGUUUGGACUUGUUUUUCUUAAUUUUUUUUUUAUUUUAAUUUUUUUUUAUUUUUAUUAAUGUUGAUUUGCUUGGAUAUUGGUUUUUCCUUUAUAGAUUAGAUUGAACUGUAUAAAUUUUAAUGUUGAAUAAACAUGAAAUAAAAUUUUAGAUUUUUU